AUGUGCUUGGAGUUCGGCUCGUGUUUCGGCGGCAGAACGGACGACUACGGCGGCGAGCGGCUCAACCACAGGGAGGAGCACGGCGGCGGCCGUCGUGCUCGUGGCCACGACCGCAGAGGGAACCACGGCACCGGCACCGAUGGCCACAAACCGGCGUACCACCACCAGCCGCCCACCGCAGUGGACGAGGCCCGGCACAAGGCCUACCACGACGGCUCGUGGAAAGCCAACCACGCUGGCGCUGGUGCCCGCGGCGGUUACGCCACCUAUGCGCAACACAAGGCCGACACCGAGAUGCCAAAGCUUCCCACGUGGCACAACAAGGUCGGUGACGGCGCCUAUGCAGCGUGCCUCCGAGAAGCUGCUGAUACUGAUCGUAGGAACAACGCCGCCAUGGAUUACCACCAAUAUCCAACCAGCACCGCCUUUUCUACUACUACUCUUGGAAGGUACUAG